UAUCAUUGCCUCAAUCCUAAUUAUAUGCCGGUAUUGCAGAGGAUUCCAUAUUCACCCGUAACUUUAGCUUUCAGUUCAAUUCUAGAGCUCGAGCCUCGUCAUCGCAGGAUCAGUGUUCAUGCAACAGCUCAGCUCCGCCCAUAAGACUCGAGUCAAUACUACUGGACACAGGAGGCACUUCUACGGGAAAUUAGACAAUGAGAAUAUUUAGAUGGAUUGUUCGGUAUCGUUUAAACAUCUACACAAGUUGUACCAAUCAAAUCUUGUAAGCAAGUGCUUUACCGACCAAGUCGUGCCCAAGUCUCGCAAUAUCGCGAUACGAUCCUGUAGGAUUGUUAGUUUGUUCAGCUUCUCUGAAAUAGAACGACUACCUAUUGGAUGUAACUUGGGAUGUGCUUAACGAUCCCGAGCUUCAUUCGAAGCGUAACUACCGUAUCGAAAACACAGAUUUUCCAAAGUUAUAGCAUAAAAGUAUCGAUGCAGCCCAUCUAGUCCUCAUCAUUAAAUUAUAUCGUAAGCUUAUUUACUCUCCAAAUCGGUAGCGUCUAUAAUAAACGAGACGUGCUGUGUUGGAUUUCCGAAUACCACACAUACACCGCCUAAACUAUACCCUUUUCACAAGACCGAAGCAUCGGGCGGCUAAACACAUUUCGAAUAUCACCAGCUAGAACGGAACGGGCUCACGAAAAUGGCAUCAGGCUUAUUCUUCGAUCCUAUUGCGCUACUCCGCAUCACCCCCGCCAUUUCGGCUACCUGCUCGCUGUGGUUUGGCUGGGACCAGUACGAGUUUCUACAGCUAUUUCUCGACCCAAGCAAACAGGACUUGGUUAAUCAACUUUUACCGUCUUACUUCAGCACCUUCUUCAACCGGGCCGCGCCUCGGGUAGUCAGCCUAGUUUUCAUCACCAUCGUGUCAUCGGCGGCCAACUUGUGGUACGCGCCGGGCAACCUCCUACAAGAACGCGGCUCGUUCAUUUGGUACUCCGGUGGCAUCGUGUUCGCAAUUGGCCACCAAGUAUACUUCCCUUUCGUUCUUCCUAAAAUCCGAGCCAUCGUCGGCGACGCCAAGGAGAAGAAUGUGACUGAGCUUAGGAAGUGGCUCUAUGUUCAUAACUGGAGGACAUUGACGGUGGAUUUGGCUGGUUGGGUUUGCUGCGUUGCUGCCGCCGUCAAGACUUUCUCCGCAUAAACACUAUGCUAAACACUAUCCCCUUAAGGUAGAUGUGUCAAUGUAUUCUGUAUUCACAAUUAGUUACCAUCUCGGAGAAUAUAUG